AUGAGAGAAUGUGUUGAUCCGCUCGUCACUGGGCUGUAUGCCUCCUCCUUCUGGGCCUCUUCCAGAUAUAACUUUCUGUACUCUGCCAAUUUUGCCAAACUGUAUGGCAGCAGUGGCUGGUCCCCUUCCCCCAGAGACAGACAGCCAUGGCUGCAGGUCAAUCUGGGCAGGAAGUACCGACUGGUGGCAAUUGCAACCCAGGGGACUUUUAACUCAUAUGACUGGGUCACCAAGUAUACGCUUCUUUAUGGAGACAGACCAGAUUCCUGGACUCCAUACAUCAUGAAAGGAGGAAAUUCUACGCUGCCUGGAAACUGGAAUUAUUAUCAGGUGAAGAGAAAUGUCUUCCAUUACGCCUUUACCGCUAAACACAUUCGUCUGCUGCCUCUGGCGUGGAACACGGAGAACGGAGGAAAGAUUGGUGUGAGACUGGAGCUCUUCGGCUGCCCAUAUGACUCCCAUGUGCUACAAUACAACGGAGAUGAUGCAGUGGUGUACACAUUCCCAGGACAAAGGUCCCACACGCUGCAGGACCAUGUUGCCAUAAACUUUAAGACCCUGGAGCAGGAUGGUCUGCUGCUACACAGUGAGGGGAUUCAGGGAGACCUCUUCACCCUGGAGCUGAAGAAAGGUCGUCUUUACCUGCACAUCAGUCUUGGAAGCAGCGUUAUACACAAAGUUGAUGGUCGAAUUACUCUGACUGCGGGAAGCCUUCUUGAUAAUUUGCACUGGCACUAUGUCACUGUCAAGCGCUACGGUCGACAGGUGAACCUUACCGUGGACAGUCAGACGGUGACAGCCAUUUGCAAAGGAGAAUUUACUCACCUGGAUCUAAACACACAGAUGUAUGUAGGAGGAGUAAUAGAGCCAAAUCUGCCUCACCUACCUACCAUACAAAAUUUCCGAGGAUGUCUCGAAAAUGUCUUCAUUAAUGGCAUCAACAUCAUCGACAAGGCUAGGAGAGAAGAACCUGACAUUCAUAUCCCUCGAAACAAAAAAAUGCACUUUUCCUGCCGUGACAUUCUGCUCAAGCCAAUGACCUUUGCUGGACCCAACAACUUCUUGCAAGUGCCGGGGUUCAUCGGCAGGCCUCGCAUGUUUGUUAAGUUUAAAUUCCGCUCAUGGGACUACACAGGGCUUCUGAUGUUCACACGCUUUGCUGAUAACCUAGGUGCCCUUGAGCUGGGUCUGAGUGAGGGUCAGAUCAAUGUAACCAUCUUCCAGACUGGAAAAAAGAAGCUGCAGUUUGCUGCAGGUUACAGGCUAAAUGAUGGUUACUGGCAUUCAGUGGAUUUGGCAGCUAGAGACAACCUGCUGACCCUCACCAUUGAUGAGGAGGAAGGCUCCCCGCUGAAGAUCACAAAUCCAUUUACCAUUCGAACAAGUGACCGCUACUUUUUUGGAGGUUGUCCAAAAACCAACAAUACAGCGUUCAAGUGUGAAACCAAAUUAAAUCGCUUCCACGGCUGCAUGCAACAUAUCUUCAUUGACAACGAGCAGCUUGAUAUUGACAUUACUCUGCAGCGACAGUGGGCGCGAUACGAGGAGCUGCUGUUAGGUACCUGUGGAAUUACUGACAGGUGCACUCCAAAUCCAUGUGAACAUGAGGGCAGAUGCAUCCAGUCCUGGGAUGACUUCAUCUGUCUGUGUGAGAAUACAGGCUACAAAGGAGAAGUGUGUCACAUGUCCGUUUACAAAGAGUCAUGUGAGGCGUACAGACUGAGUGGGAAAUACUGGUCUGGAAACUACACCAUUGAUCCUGAUCUCAGUGGGCCGCUGAAACCCUUUGAAGUGUACUGCAAAAUGAAGUCAUAUAAAGCUUGGACUGUGAUUAUGCAUGAUCGAGUGGAAGGUACCAAGGUGACUGGGAGCUCAAUAGACCGCCCAUCUAUAGUCGAUGUACACUACUGGAAUGCCUCCUGGGAUGAAGUAACUGCUCUCGCCAACGCCUCCAUGUACUGUGAGCAGUGGAUCGACUACUCCUGCUACAAGUCUCGUCUGCUCAACACCCCCAAUGGAAGACCUUUUGGUUACUGGAUCGGUCGCAACAAUGAGAGUCACUAUUACUGGGGAGGGACGUUCAGAGAAGUCCAAAAAUGUGGUUGCUCAAUUAAUCAAACCUGUGUUGACCCAAAGUUUCAGUGCAACUGUGAUGCUGACUACAGACAAUGGUAUUCAGAUAAAGGUUAUUUGGACUUCAGAGACCAUCUGCCUGUGAGGAGGGUGGUGGUUGGGGACACCAACAGGACUGGCUCAGAAGCACAAGUCACAGUUGGUCCUCUCCGCUGCCAUGGCGACAGAAACAUCUGGAACACAAUAGCCUUCACAAAACCCACCUACAUCACAUUCCCCACUUUCAGGCCUGGCUCAACUGCUGACAUCUCUUUCCACUUCAAAACAUAUCGUGACCACGGUGUCUUCCUGGAAAACUCAGAUGAACAACUCAGAAACUUUAUAAGGAUAGAACUUAACACCACAUACAACCUUGCGUUCAUAUUUAUGGUUGGAGAUGGCAUCCUAAAUGUGACCCUUCACUCCCCUGUACCACUCAAUGACAACGAGUGGCAUUUUGUUCAGGCUGAGCUUAAUGUGAAAUUAGCUAGGAUCAAGGUUGAUUACCAACCUUGGGCUGUUAAACGAUUCCCAGGUCAGACCUUUGUCACCAUGAAAUUCUCACAUCCUCUCCUUGUAGGUGCAGCUAACCGCACUCUAAGGCCCUUCUUAGGAUGCCUUCGAGGGUUACGUAUGAAUGGUGUUCCUCUUGAUUUAGAAGGGAAGGUAAAUGAAGAACAGGGUAUACGGAGGAACUGCACUGGACAGUGUCUCAACGCCACCAUUCCAUGUCGAAACAGUGGUCAAUGUAUUGAGGGAUACGCUUCCUACACUUGUGACUGUAACAACACAGCCUUUGAUGGGUUCUACUGCCAUAAAGACAUUGGAGCUUAUUUUGAAAUUGGAUCGUGGUUGAGAUACAACAUAUUGAAAAAACCCAUAUCAGAUGAGGCAGCCUGGGCCAACUGGAUCGACCCGCAUUACGACAACUUCAGCCUCGGCUACAACGACACGGCUGAUGACAUAGAGUUCAGUUUCAGCACAGUUCACACGCCUGCUGUGCUACUCUACAUCAGUUCCUUCGUUCAAGACUACAUCGCUGUCAUCCUCAAGAACGAUGGUAGUGUAGAUCUGAGGUAUAAGCUGGGGCUCAUAACUCACAAGUACCAGCUGACUCACAGAAACCUGGCAGAUGGAUAUCCUCACUAUGUUAACAUAACCAGACACAACAGAACCAUCAAAACACAGGUGGACUACAUGGAACCCAUAGUGGAGAAGAUAACAUUAGUGGAGGAUGCCAGAUUUGACUCGCCAAAGUCCAUGUUCCUGGGCAGAGUGAUGGAGGUUGGUGACAUUGAAUAUGAAAUCCAGAGACAUAAUGCUCCAGGUUUCAUAGGUUGCAUAUCCGGCGUGAGAUACAAUGUCUACGCCCCGCUGAAGGCCUAUUUCCGUCCAAACGUAACAAACCCUCCGGUAACAACACAAGGUUACGUCUCAGAGUCCAACUGUGGGGCGUUUCCUCCUGUCCUGGGUUAUGUGCCUUGGGAAGUAGACCCCUGGUUUACCAGCAUAGAGUAUUUUUAUAUUCAUGAUGACCUAGGCUUGUUCUGGAUAACAGUUAUUGUCAUCCUGGCUCUGCUGCUGCUCCUCGGAGGCCUGUACAGCAUCUACGUCUACGCUUAUCAGCAAAAGGGAAGUUACCUCACCAACGAACCCAAAAAUCUGGAGUCUCCUAGCAGCUCCAGGCCUUUGACCGAGACCUUGCGGAGAGAGAAAAAGAGCUUUCCGGAAAUUGAAGAGGAAUUCAGGAGUGGCUGAUCCUCCUGGACCAAAGGGACAAUGGGUUUAACAAAAGUUGGGGGGAGUUAGCGCUUAGAAACAACAAACAGAUGAAUUUAGUAAGUUUUCUAAUCAUUUGGUUUUCUCAAUUUCUUUCUAAACCUUUGUGUUCCUUAUCA